AUGGCCACGUGGAACGGAGAUGCCAAACGACCACGGCGACAUGCGGAGAGGUCAUGGCACACGUCCGACGCGUUGCCCGAAUGGCUUGCAGGUCGCGUCCGAGUGGUUUGCAAGAGCCAUGAACGAUCGGUUCCACAUCGCUUAGAGUUGGUCUUUGGAGGUUUUCUCCUUGGAAUGGAUCGACUGGAACUGCUUUCACGUUGGCUCUUGGCCCCCAAGGGUUUAGUGCAACAAGCGCUGAACGCCGCUGCCUAUGCCGCUGGCGUGGCUGGUGCAUCGGUGGCGCCCAAGCUGCCGUGCUGGGCGGAUUUCCGGGGAACCAAUCUGCAAGACGAAGGUGUUGAAAAGCUACUGCACUGUUUGUCUUCAAUGCCUUUGCUGGUGGAACGCCUUUAUUUAGCCUCCAACUCCAUAACUCCCAGGUCGAUGACGGUACUUCGUGAAUUUCUUCAACAGGGACAUCUAAGAGCAUUGGAUUUGGCCCACAACUCCCUUGACGACGAGAGUAGUUUCUCUCUUCUCACGUCGCUGACAGAGACGGAGACGACGGAGACGACGGAGACGAAGGUCGCUCCGUCAGCUCCGGCUCCGUUGAGCGUUUUUCUGGGGGAGAACUUCGUGCGAAAUCCACCAGCAUUGCUGGAGCGCUUACGCCGUGUGGGUCUUCGAGUGAAGCUGGAUGAGGUGGUGAACGAGUUCUCGUCGACGAGAACGCUUUACUUGCCGUACUUAUGCUUUCAAAAAGCCAUCAAGUCUGAAUUGCCCAUUGAACCGACCUAUCAGUUCAAGUGGAUGCCACGCGAAGUCCCAGAUGCUCAACAGGAUCACAAGCUUAAUGGGUCAACUGACCUGAAACCAGCAAGCACACUGGUUGAUUCUGCACUUAGAUCCUUGAAAAACAUGCUUCCAUCAUUUCCAUCCUUCCUUUCAGACCAGUCAGUGCCUUCAUUCACCACCACCAGCCCUGGCCAAGUCGUGCCACCACCUCCACCUCCACCUCCAUCGAUGGCGAACUUGGGAAACUCGGCCACGGGGACACUGUCGACGCCAGCGACACCGACUCCGCCAAUGGCCACAGCCGGAACGCAAGCCGAUGUCGCGGCUUCCGCCACGUCUCUUUCUCCUUUCUUGGAGGAGAUGAAAGAGACCAUUCGCAAAUACGAAGCUGCCUUGUUGGGGGAUGACAAGGAGACACCGGAACCGGAAGCGCCAUGGAAAUCUCAAAGGCGAAGGUUAAGGAGAAGCAGUAUUCCAUGA